AUGGCCGAGGUCGAUGUGAACCCCCAAUUUGGGGCGGAAUUAAAGGAUGCAUUCAAGCCCGUGAAUACUUGGGUGUCAAACGGCAUUGCGUGGUUAGAAGACAUUCAACAGUUCUACCGGGAGAGAAGUGUCAUCGAGAGAGAGUAUGCCGCCAAACUGACGGCCCUUUGCAAAAAGUAUUCAGAUCGCAAGGCAAAAAAGAUCAGCAGCCUCAGUGUCGGAGAUACACCUACCAUGACCCCGGGGUCGCUCGAAUCGGCAUCCUUGACAACAUGGUCUACCCAACUGAGCGCCGUGGAAUCCCAUGCAGCUGUUCGCGACAAAUUUGGACUCGAGCUCAUCUCGCACAUAGCGGAACCGAUCCGUCAGAUAUCUGUUAGAUACGAGGAACUUCGCAAAAGCCACGUGGAAUAUCAUGCCAAACUGGAAAAGGAAAGAGAGGCAUCCCUCAGUGAUCUCAAGAAGAUCAAGGGUAAAUAUGACGGUGUGUGCCAGGAGGUCGAAAACCGUCGCAAGAAAACAGAGUCUUCUUUUGAUUACAACAAAACCAAGGCGCAGACUGCCUACCAGCAGCAGAUUCAUGAGAUGAACAAUGUAAAGAACACUUAUGUUAUUAGCAUCAAUGUUGCAAACAAACUAAAGGAUCAAUACUACCACGAAUACGUCCCGGAAAUCCUCGAUAGUUUAGAAGACCUUAACGAAACCAGAGUGGCCAAGUUGAAUGCCUUCUGGUCUCUCGCGGCUCAGCUGGAGAAAUCUUCCUUCACACAGAGCAUGGAGCACAUAACCCAUCUCUCAAAUGAAAUCCCUCGAAACAACCCUAAGCUCGACUCUUUAAUGUUCCUUCAGCACAAUGCUUUGCAAUCUCAAGAGCCACCUAAUCUGGCCUUUGAGCCUAGCCCAGUGUGGCAUGACGACGAUUCGAUGGUGGUAGACGACGCCGCCAAAGUCUUCCUGCGCAAUUUGCUUACCAAAAGCAAAGGCCAGACUAGAGAGCUCAAAUUGGAAGGAGAUAAGCAACACCGUGAGGUAGAAAACGCCAAGCGGGUUCGCGAGAGUGUCAGACAAGGCAAAGAUAAGCGUGACGAGGUUGAGGUCGUUAGAGCGAUUUUCGUCUUGCAAGAAAAGUUCCAUGACACCGACCGCAAGCGACUGACAGCAGAAGUUGAGACAUCUACAGUGAUGACCGCUGUAGGCGACUUGUCGCUCGGAGCCAAGAGUCACAACUUUCGAUCCCAGACGUUCAAAAUCCCAACCAAUUGUGAUCUCUGUGGGGAUAGGAUAUGGGGCUUGUCAGCCAAAGGGUUCGACUGUCGUGACUGUGGUUACACCUGCCACAGCAAGUGUGAGAUGAAAGUUCCAGCCGAGUGCCCUGGUGAACAGACCAAGGAGGAUAAGAAGAAGUUGAAAGCCGAGCGCCAGGAAAAGGCGCAAGGUACGCCAACUGUCGCCGAACCAUCUGCAUCCAAUGGUGACACCGACUCGCCGGCUCUGGCCCGCAGGGAUACAAUGAACUCGCUGAGUUCCGGAUAUGCGGCCAGCGCCCAUCGAUCAGUUGCGGGCUCAGCGGUGUCUAUUAAGCCCUCGGUGGAAGAGUCUUCAGAGCCUGCUGCAGCAACGCCAAAGCCGUCGGCAUCGGCGGCUACGAAACGUCAUAGGAUUCUUGCUCCACCUCCCUCUCAGUACAGCAGUGCCCCGCCAGCCGCUGAACCGAUAUCAAAGAGUAGCGAUCCGAAAGGAAAGAUGAUAUAUGCCUACCAAGCCAACGGCGAUGGCGAAAUCACGGUAGAAGAGGGUCAGGGGAUAACAGUUUUGGAUCCUGAUGAUGGCUCGGGCUGGAUGCGUGUUCGAGCUGGAUCACAAGAAGGACUUGUUCCAGCUGCUUACGCGGAGAUUGCACCGGCUCCAUCUCCCAUGCAGUCAACGAGUACAGAUCGGCCAGGCUCGACGUAUUCAAACUCGUCUGCCUCCCAGGCGGGCAGUGCCGCGCCGAAGAAAGUCGGUCCCGCAGUGGCUCCAAGGCGCGGAGCAAAGAAACUGAAAUAUGCAGAGGCACUCUACGACUACGAAGCACGGUCUGAUGCUGAAUGGAGCAUGUCUGAGGGCGAUCGCUUUGUGUUGGUUACGAGAGAUGGCGGAGAUGGCUGGGCAGAGGUCGAGAAGGGCGGGCAGGUGAAAAGCGUUCCUGCAAACUACAUUCAAGAAGUGUAG